UUGACACCGGAGAAGAAAAACAGAAGAGAAACAAAGGAGUAAAACACAGAUAAAACCGUCUUUUAAUGGUCGGACUGUAGCACACCAGGAGCUGCAGCAGCAGGGAUGAGGAUCCGGCUGCAGGGUCCUGGCCACGCUGCCAGCCUUCUCACUGAGCUCAACCGCUGCCGCCAAUCCCGCCAGUACUGUGAUGUGUUCCUCCAGGUCGGCAACCGCACAUUUGCAGCUCACCGUGCCGUGCUGGCCUGCGCCGGGACGUACUUCCGCAACCUGUUUGCCCGGGCGCCGACCGCGUCCACCACAGCCUUCUCUUUGGAGUUUAUAUCCCCGGCUAACUUUGAGAAGGUGCUGACGUUCGUCUACACGGGGGAAAUCCUGACCGAUCUCAUAGAUGUCGGGGUUCUGUACGAGCUGGCUGAGAGGUUGGGGGUUAGUGAACUGGUGAAGGCCUGUCAUGCCACCUUCCCUGAUCUGCAGGCGUCUGUGUCGGCGAGCAGUAAAGCCAGCAGUCCCAGAGACCUCCUGGACUCGAGCAUGGUUGCCGCCGCCGCUGCUGCUGCUGCUUCCACGGUGGCUGCUGUCAGUGCUGCUUCAGUAUCGGCGCCGUCUGUGUGUUCCUCUGCCGCCUCCUGCUCCUCUCUGUCAUCGUCAGCUGGUCCGUCUGCCGCCCCGACCCCUGCUGCCGCUCCCUCGCCUCUUUUCCAAGCCAGGGCAGCCAGGACGGGCCGUGAAGCUCACAGCGGGGCUCUGUCUCUUGAUCUGAAGGCAGAAGACCUCCAGUCUCAUAUAGGCUAUGGGCAUAUGGCAGCAGAUCAUAUUUUAACCAGCAGCCACUCCACUCAGAGUGACGGCGUGCUGCCUCCGGGGCCAGUGCUGCAGCUGAAGACUGAGCAGGGGCUGGAAGAGGAGGAGGAGGAGGAGGUUGCAGGAGGCAGCUGUGAGGAAGGUGGCAGAGAUGGACGGAUGAUGGUUUCAGAGAGCGUAGGCAGCUCUUUGCCCCGGAGCAGCGACCCUGCGCCGUCUGACUCCUGCUCCUUCCCCGACUCUUCGGCUCAGCUCGGAGCGGAGGCCUGCGCCCCAACGUCAUCCUCAGGAGAGCCGGUCGGCAGCCUGCAGGUUGGGUCGGUGGAGGGCGGCGUGGUGGACGUGCACAGAGACGGCAGGCUGAUGUUCGGAGAGGUGGAGGAAGGAGAGAAUGAGGAGGAGAGGGAGGUGCUGCAAGGAAACGGUACGAUGGAGGGCACAGAGGAGGAGCAGUGGAGGCAGCUGGCGGGUGAGAUCAUCGAGCUGAGCGACGAUGAGAACUUCAUGGAGGAGGCAGACGAAGAGGAUGAUGAAGAUGACCUUGUGUAUGUGGAGAACGGAGAGGGAGGGAACUCAAGCAACCAGAUGGCGUGCAACAUGCUGUCCUGUAAAGCCUGCGCGGCGCCUCUUCCUGCGGACCCGGCAGCCAUCAGACGACACGGCGAGAGCCACCUAACGGAGCUGGGGCUGUGCAGAGUGUGCGGGGCCUCGUUCCCGGACCGAGCCGCCGGGGUCACCCACUCCCUCACCCACGUGGGCGUGCAGCUCUUCACCUGUGAGAUGUGCCACCUGCAGUUCUGCAGCCAAAACAAACUGCUGCGUCACCACCGUCAGACAGCUUCUAGCUACACGCUGCCGCAGGGGGCGCUGACCAACAGCGGCCAGGGUCAGAGCGCCGAGCUGCAGUGUGCCGUGUGCACCAAAACCCUCAGCAAGGACUUCCAGACCGUUAGAGACCACCUGUUGAGCCACGUGUGUCCUCAGAGCCUGUGCUGCGGCGUGUGUCACCUCCCCCAGCUCUCCCUGUGCUCUCUGCUGUGGCACGCCCUCGCCCACCUCUCCUUGCCCGUCUUCACCUGCCCGCACUGCGCCCGCUGCUUCGUAGAGCGCCACAUGCUGGACAGACACAUGACCGCACACGCUGAGGAGGCGGCGGCGAAGGAGAGGGAGCGCUCGGUGCUCAGGGCUUACAGAGUCGGGGCAGAUGGAGUCAUGGGAGGAGGAGGAGGAUUGGCGGGAAUGGAGGAGCUGCAUUGCUUUCUUUGCCCACAGACUUUCCGCUCCUCCUCUGCCUUUCAGUAUCACCUCAACCUGCACACCACCGAGUCCCUGGGGGGUGGAGGAGGAGGCCCGGGUCAGAGCUGGUUGGGUAAACGUAAAGCCGAUCAGUCUCUGGAUUGCCCUCCGUCUUCCUGCUCCUCCUCCUCUCCUCGGGACGUUGGCGGCCUUGCGAAAAUGAGCAACCUGGGUUUGGGUAUGGGAAUGGGCUUCGGCUUAACAGAUAAGUUUUUUCAUGGGCCGACACACAGCUUGACCUCCGGGGUCCUGACCAACGGGAGCUCUGGGCAGGACGGGGGAGUCGGAGCUGCGGGCGUUCGUGGGAAAUGGUACAGAUGUCGCUAUUGCGGGAAGCGUUUCGCCCACUCGGGGGAGUUCACCUAUCACCUCCGCAUCCACACCGGGGAGAAACCCUACCAAUGCAAAGUCUGCCUGCGCUUCUUCAGAGGCCGCUCCACCAUGAUCUGCCACCUGAAGACGCACGCCGGAGCUCUGAUGUACCGCUGCACCGUUUGCGGCCUUUACUUCUCCACGCUGAAGCUGGUGUCGUCACAUAUGGAGCUCCACAAGGACCACCUGCCUCCGGACUUCAACAUCGAGCAGACCUUCAUGUACAAUGAUCACUCUAAAGAACCGCUGCCCACUGUGGACACCUGA